AUGGACGACGGGUCUUCACACAACGUCAUUCGGGUUGCGAAGCCGGACUGCAGCUUCAGCAACGCGACACAGGUCGCCGGCCUGACCGACACACCCUUCAACCUCACCUUCAGGGAGCCCGGCACCUUCUACUAUGCCUGCUCUGAUGACGGUAUUGCAGAUGCGGUUGCCGCGAAAGCAGCGCCGGCGGAGUCAGGCGUUCAGCGAAAGCAGCCGGCGACCGCGGGUGAUAGCCAUUGCGAACCCCCGGUGCUAGUGGCAGGCACCAAUGACACAUUCCACGUCACAUGCCUCAGCCCCGGCGUGGCAAACGAUUAUUACAACCUGGCAAACCCGUACCCCAGCAGAAUCGUGGCCAUAAUUAAUGAGACAUCCCAGAUCGUUGACAGCACCGGCCGACCCGUGCCCUUGUCAGAGGCGUACGCGCAUCAUUUCUUUGGAAACGCGCGCUUUGUUGUGGCUGAGGGCUCAGAGCUCAGAGGCACGCUUGACAAGCUGCCGCUGCCGCACCCCUACUACCAGCUCGUCAACGGCACAUUCUUUAAAGACCCCUCCACCAGGCGUAUGAACAUCCACCUGAUCAACACUCUCGGGGUGGACCCUGAUCACAUCGCUCCCUGCAUCGAGUGCUGGUGCCCCGACAGCGCUGCAGCAUUCCAGGGGCUUGGAUCGACUAAGAGCUACCUGGGGGGCACCGCAUGCUGCUCGCCCCUCAACUGCCCCACACCGCGCGCCAAUGAGAGUGCCACCGUUUACCACCUGCAAUACAAUGUCUCCUACAGGCACGCUCACAGCCGUCGCGCAUCAUGCACCUUUUCUCAGUACCCGGAGCAGAUAGAUGAGCUGGUGCAGGCCUCUCCAGUGCUGCUGGAUGUGGUGAACGGCUCUGUGGAGUACGACGUGCUCAAACAGGGGCCUGGCAUGAUCGAUGUCAAAAACUUCACGGGCCCCUUUGACCAGCAGUGCCCGCAGUCUGCCCCCUACGGCCUCCUGCGCUGCACAGGCCACCAGCACAUCGACACAGCAGGUCAGGAGAAGGGCUAUCUUGUGCGCAUGACUGAUGACACACUUGUGCCGCCGUACCCACUCAAGCCGGGUCAGAAUGUGACCAUCGUCUCCAAGUAUUCUGCAGAUGACAGGCACUAUGGUGUGAUGGCGCUGUGGAUUCUGACGGUCACAAACUGGGAUCCCACUUGCCCCGGGUCUGGAGGCACUCCCGCUGCCUCAACUCCCCCAGGCAGUUUCAACAUCUUCACAACUUUUACAGGACCCUCCGGCGGAGCAGUUGCCAACACGACUGUUUUCUGA